AUGGACGGCCUGCACACGGAGCUGGCGCUGGGGCUGAUCGGUUGCGGCCACGGCGAGCUCCAGACGGCGCCGUUCGUGGCAAAGACAUACCAGAUGGUGUGCGACCCCAGGACGGACGCUUUCGUCCGGUGGGGGAGGGGCAACAACAGCUUCCUCGUCACCGACGUCGCCGGCUUCUCCCAGCUCCUCCUGCCCUGCUUCUUCAAGCACGGCAACUUCUCCAGCUUCGUCCGUCAGCUCAACACAUACGGCUUCCGGAAGGUGCACCCGGACCGGUGGGAGUUUGCGCACGAGUCGUUCCUGCGCGGCCAGACGCGCCUGCUGCCACGCAUCGUUCGCCGCAAGAAGCGCGGGGAGGGCGGCGCCGCCUCCUGCUCCUCCACCGUCGACAAGCAGGAUAUGGCAGAGGAGAUUGAUGAGGACGAAGAGGGGAGCGAGGCGCUGCUCGAGGAGGUACAGCAGCUGCGGCAGGAGCAGACGGCCAUCGGGGAGCAGCUGGCGCGGAUGAGCCGGCGCCUGCAGGCAACGGAGCGGCGGCCCGACCGGCUCAUGGCCUUCCUCGCCAGGCUCGCCGAGGAUCCCGACGCCACGUCUGCCCACCUACUCGAACAGAAGAAGCGCCAGCGCAUGCACUUCCCUGCCUCUCCCAUCGCGCUUCCUCUUCAGCCGCCACAGCCGCCACCACCGCUGCUGGCGAUGACCGAGGAUGCAGUUGAUGACGGAGUCUGGCAAUGGGCGCCGGAGCCGAGACUCACGACCUUCGAGCAGCCCACCGGCAGCUCCACAUUGCAGCAGGUGCCGGAGUUCGAUAGGGGCGGCGGCGGCAUGGGCAUAACUGAUGGUGGGACUGCGGUGGAGACGCCCUUCCCGUUCUGCCUACUUGGCGAGUGUUUCUUCUAACAUGGAGCAUCAUGCAUGCACAUGCACCACCUUACUAGUUUUAGCAAUCAUUUGUACACACCUGCAAAAUAUUUUUUUACUCUGUGUUCUUAUUAUUCUUACAGGGCACAUAUACUACUAGAGAGUACAGACUGCUAAACUGUGUAACAUUUUGCCUAGUGCGCCAGCUAGA